AGGCCCCGGGCCCGGCCCGGGCGGCGGCGGCGGCGGCGGCGGCGGCGGCUCUAGCUCGAGGCCUCGGCGGCGCCCGCGCGCCGCGCCGCAGCCAUGGCCCUGGUGACCCUGCAGCGCUCCCCCACGCCCAGCGCCGCCUCCUCCUCGGCCAGCAACAGCGAGCUAGAGGCGGGCAGCGACGAAGAUCGAAAAUUAAACCUCAGCUUAAGUGAGAGCUUUUUCAUGGUGAAAGGAGCAGCCCUCUUCCUACAACAGGGAAGCAGCCCUCAAGGCCAGCGGAGUCUUCAGCACCCCCACAAACAUGCAGGUGACCUGCCCCAGCAUCUUCAAGUGAUGAUCAACCUUCUGCGCUGCGAAGACAGAAUCAAGCUGGCCGUGCGCUUGGAGAGCGCCUGGACGGACCGGGUCCGCUACAUGGUGGUGGUGUACAGCAGCGGGCGCCAGGACACUGAGGAGAACAUCUUGCUGGGAGUCGACUUUUCCAGUAAGGAGAGUACAAGCUGCACCAUCGGGAUGGUUCUCCGACUGUGGAGCGACACGAAAAUCCACCUGGAUGGAGACGGUGGAUUCAGCGUGAGCACAGCAGGAAGGAUGCACAUAUUUAAGCCUGUGUCUGUCCAGGCCAUGUGGUCUGCCCUGCAGGUGCUUCACAAGGCCUGUGAGGUGGCACGAAGGCACAACUACUUCCCCGGGGGCGUGGCUCUCAUCUGGGCCACCUACUAUGAGAGCUGCAUCAGCUCCGAGCAGAGCUGCAUCAACGAGUGGAACGCCAUGCAGGACCUGGAGUCCACGCGGCCUGACUCCCCGGCCCUGUUCGUCGACAAGCCAACCGAAGGGGAAAGGACUGAGCGCCUCAUCAAAGCCAAACUCCGAAGCAUCAUGAUGAGCCAGGAUCUGGAAAACGUGACCUCCAAAGAAAUCCGUAAUGAGUUAGAGAAACAGAUGAACUGUAACUUGAAAGAAUUUAAGGAAUUCAUAGACAACGAGAUGCUACUUAUUCUGGGACAGAUGGACAAACCCUCCCUUAUCUUCGAUCAUCUUUAUCUCGGCUCUGAAUGGAAUGCAUCCAAUCUGGAGGAACUGCAGGGCUCAGGGGUUGACUACAUUUUAAAUGUUACUCGAGAAAUAGAUAAUUUUUUUCCUGGCUUAUUUGCAUAUCAUAACAUCCGCGUCUACGACGAAGAGACGACAGAUCUUCUCGCCCACUGGAAUGAAGCAUAUCAUUUUAUAAACAAAGCCAAGAGGAACCAUUCCAAGUGCCUGGUGCAUUGCAAGAUGGGGGUCAGUCGCUCCGCGUCCACGGUCAUAGCCUAUGCGAUGAAGGAGUUCGGCUGGCCUCUGGAAAAGGCAUAUAACUACGUGAAGCAAAAGCGCAGCAUCACGCGGCCCAACGCGGGCUUCAUGAGACAGCUGUCUGAGUACGAAGGCAUCUUGGACGCGAGCAAACAGCGGCAUAACAAGCUGUGGGGGCAGCAGACGGAGAGCAGCCUCCAGCCGCCCGCAGAUGGCCCUGCAGGACCCUGCGACUUCUCACCAGAGACCUUGGACAGCACCCCGGAGACCCGGCCGCCCUGCCUGGAGGAUGCUGCCCAGCCCGGCUUCCCAGGCCUCAGGGCCCCCGGAGGGCCCGCUCUCCCCUGCUGUUUCCGGCGACUCUCAGACCCCCUCCCGCCUUCCCCUGACGGCGAAAUCUGCAGCUCGGUCCAGCUCGAGGACCUCGAGAGGGACACUCUUUCGGAGGAGGCAGCCCAGCCAGCAGAGGCGCACAAGACAGCCAGACACCCCCAGGAGGGCCCCGGGCUCUGUGAGAAGGACGCCAGGAAGAAACUAGAGUUCGUGAGCCCCGCGGGCCGGAGGGGUUCCUCGCCACAGGCGGAGGACAUGGACAGGGACGAUGGCCCAGGACCAGGGCGGUGGGGGCGGCCUCCAACCCAGCUCAACCGGGAAAACCUAAACAACAACAACAGCAAGAGGAGCUGUCCCGAUGACUUCGAGCAUGACGCUAUAUUUGGGAUCCUUAACAAAGUGAAGCCUUCCUAUAAAUCCUGUGCUGACUGCAUGUACCCUCCAGCCAGCGGGGCCCCAGAGGCCUUCAGGGAGCGAUGUGAGGACCCUGGUGCCCCUGCCAUCUGCACCCAGCCUGCCUUCCUGCCGCACGUCACGUCGUCCCCCAUGGCCCUCACAGCCAGCCGGGCCCGGGCUCUGGAGAAGCCGGCUUCCGGCCCAGCCGAGACUCCCCCACUCCCGCCACCAGCGGGCGCCAGGAGGCCGGACCCCAGUGGCUCUGGGGCUGCAGCUGCCCCAGAGCUCCCAGCUAGCCUUUUGGAACCUUCCAGAGAGACCCCAAAACUCCUGCCAAAGUCCCUCCUUUUGAAGAAUUCUCACUGUGAUAAGAACCCUCCUAGCAUGGAAGUGGCGAAGGAAGAGUCACCACCCAAGAAAGACCCGAAGCCCGCUAAGGACCUGCGGCUGCUGUUCAGUAACGAGGCCGAGAAACCCACGACCCACAGCUACCUGAUGCAGCACCAGGAGUCCAUCAUCCAGCUGCAGAAGGCAGGCUUGGUCCGCAAGCACACCAAAGAGCUGGAGAGACUGAAGCGCGCGCCCGCAGCCCCGGCCUCCGCCUUCAGGGACUGCACGGCCGGCAGGCUGGAGGCCAGCAUCCCCGAGGAGAGCCAGGGGCCGGCCGCAGUCCGGGAGCCAGGGCCCCUGCCUUUCCCCGGCCUAGCGGGGAGCGAUGACAAACCGGAGGCUGCCCCACCCCUUGCCUUGGAGGGAGCCUCGCUGAAGAGUCCCCCUCCCUUCCUCUGCCGCCUGGAUCACACCAGUCACUUCUCCAAAGACUUUCUGAAGACCAUCUGCUACACCCCCACCUCCUCUUCCAUGAGCUCCAACCUGACCCGGAGCUCCAGCAGCGACAGCAUCCACAGCGUCCGUGGGAAGCCGGGGCUGGUGAAGCAGCGCACCCAGGAGAUCGAGACCCGGCUCCGGCUGGCGGGCCUCACCGUCUCGUCCCCGCUGAAGCGCUCGCACUCCCUUGCCAAGCUCGGCAGUCUCAACUUCUCGACCGAAGACCUGUCCAGUGAGGCUGACCCGUCCACCGUGGCCGACUCCCAGGACGCCACGAUGAGCGAGUCUUCCUACCUGCAUGAGCCCCAGGCCACCCCGAGGAACCCACCUGCGACCUCCAAACCGUCAGGGAAAUCCGCCCCAGAAAACUUGAAGAGCCCCCCCUGGGGGAGCAAAAGCUGACCCUGCUGCUGCACCGGGACACGUAUUUUCCGAUGAUUCCUCUCGUCGUUUCACUGUGGAUUUUGGUCAGCCCCUUCCAUGUCGAUUUCCCUUAAGCAAUUGAAGUCAUCCUAACUCUUCCCCCUCUUGCCACAGAGAGGAGGAGAAGAAACAAAAAUAAUUAACUCGCAGCACAAGAAGAAAGGGGAACUCUCGGCGGCGUGGCCUGGGAGAAGCUGAAGCCACAGGCCGGCAGAUGCAAGACUCCGCGCCCAGGUCCUGUGUUUCCAAGAAGAAUCGUGUCUUGAGAGGAACGUGCACGAAUCUGCACCCACGUCCAAGCCGUUCCGUUCGCAGCCUGCAGAAGAAAAGUCGUGGCCAUGGUGGCAUCGCCGCGGCAGACGUUCUAGCUCAUUCGUGGCCCUCUCAGAAAACUCCUGGAUGGCGACAUAAGUCCUACCUCUCCGUUCUUGCUGUGCUUUUUAUUAUUUUUAAAAUACAAGGAUGACCAAGGCUCAUUCCAGGGAAUAAUGCUGUGUUAGAAAGGGUUUUUCAAAAAAAAAAAAAAAUAGAGAGAACUUUCUUGUGUUCUGUGUUUGGGUUGGGACCCCAGAUGUGUCAAGACUUUUAACUCGAUGGCACCGGAUACGGCUCGGUGGAGUCACUGGAUGGAGCUGUCCUGUGCCGUGGUGGAGCUUGCUCUGUCCUCGCGCUGCCGUUACCGCUGAGUGACGUGUGCUUGACCAGCACGGGGCUCAGGUGGGAAAAAUGGGAGGAGUGUGGUGGUCUCAGCUGUUGCUAAUGCUGCAGUUGAAAGCGCCCCUAGUUGAGGGGAAGGGCCCACCACGCGUCGGGAGCCCCACCUGCUGCCAGACCGCGCGCACGUGGUUGCCUUUAGGUUUUGAAAGCGCUCGAGUGUCGGGCAGGAGCGGUGGUUCUGAGACGUGGCUUGUCCUGCUGGGAGCCGGACGCUCCGGGGCUCGUUUGGCCCCAUCUGUUCCUAUUUGGGGAGAGCACGGAGAUUGCAGCAGUUCCCUCUCCAGGAGUAACUCAGCAGCAGCUUCUCUGAGAGGAGUGGGGCUGUUGCAGAGCUUCACAGGCGUUUACAGUGGCCCUUGCUGUGGUGGGAAUACUGCUUCCUGUUUCUUCCCAGCAGCGAUGACAAUGACCAGGGAUCUGUGGUCUGGCCUCACCUCUGUGGGUGGCCCCUUUCAGAACCAGGUGAGCUCGGCCUGGGGCUCUGGGCUUGAAUCAGAGGACUUAUCUGGUGUCAGCGGGCAAGACAGAAUGUUAAAGCAUCUUGAAGAGAGAGCAGCAGCUCGGUAGAAAGACAGGAAGGUUGAAUUCGGGGAUCAGCAAUCUGUCGUGUAUGGCCCCCUGAGCUAAGAAUGGUUUUUGCAUUUUUACAGGGUUGUUAAAAAAAAUGAAAUAAUAUGCGACAGAAACCACACGGCCCACAAAGCCUAUAAGCUAAUUUACUGUCAGGUCCUUUAUAGAGAAAGUUUGCUGCCCCCUGGUUUUAUUUGACAACACAGGGCUGCCUUUGGCCCUGCAGAAGAAACAGCAAAUUUGAAGACCUCCUGGACCCCGACCCUUCCCUCCUCCGACUCCAGGCCUGGCCAGCCCACCCCAGCUUGCCUCUCUUGUGCAGGAUGGAGUGGUUGUUUAUUGGGGGCCAGCGGGGAACACUGUUUGUUGGAGCUCUUCUGCAAUUCCAUCUUGCCCUCCGCUGGGUCUGCUGGAUUAGCUCAGUGAAACCAGAAAGCCUUCAAGGCCAGCCAAAUUCUGGAAGUGGGCGAGUGAGUUGCUACCUUACAUUGGUCGGAACCGGGUUCCCAAAAGCAGGCCAUUCUGGAAAGCACCCCGGGCAGGGUCUUCAGGAGCAAGGCAAGUUCGUGUUUCAACCAGGGGGUAGAGCUUUUGCAAAAACCCUUUCUCCUGGGACUGUUUUUCCCUGGUAUGGUUCUUCUUCUUCUUCUUCUUUUUUUAAAUUUUAAACCUUCUUUAAUUUACUUUCUAGGAAUUUGUUUCCCACUAGUGUCAAUUGAAAGCACCUUAAAAGGUGAUUAUCCACUUAUUCCUGAAACCCCUGUGGGUUUUCCCCCAUCUCAGCCAACGAGAGCACGGUCUCAAAAAAAAAUACCAAGUUCAGUAUGUUUUGCCAAAUUAAAUUUUAUGGGACAAAUCAGUUGUGUCAAAAUAAUCCCUUAAAUGUGGUGAUGACAGGCUUAUGUUGGUUUUUUUCACCAUGUCUGUGUAUGAGAGUGAUAUAUUUUUGAAGACUUUAAUUUCGAAAGCCAUAAUUUUUCUUGUCCAGUGAAAGAGUCAGGGUAGGGGGAAGAUUUCAAAUACAAGUGGGUUGUUUUGGCUCUUGGCAAACUUAUCCAUGCAUUUUUCGGGAGGACAGUAGUAUAUCGACAUCUAAACAGACACCAGGGCGUUUGUCCCCAUCAUCAGAGCAAAAUGAAGCAUUCUUGAUUUGGUGGUUAAUACUCUGGCCUGGAUAAAAAGGUCAAAGAUUUUUCCUGGAGUCUCAAAUAAGCUGCAUGUAAACCAUACGGCAAAUUCCUAUUUGAAAUAUUAUACGAACAAGACAAGAGCGGUCUGCCAGGCUUGGGGGCACCUUGGCAAAGACAAGUUCAUGCUGGUCUCAGAAAAGAAAGUUUGCCCCGUAAGAUAUCCCACGGCUUGGCCGACGCUUUGUGUGUCAUCUUAGCCGAUGGAGAAAAUUCCAGAUGUAAGUGGCACAAGAAAGAGGCAGGCAGAGGUUUGUGCCAUGCAGGUCAUUGAUUUUUUUUCUUUUCUUUUUUUUUUUUUUUGUGAUUGUCAUUUUCAUCAAAUGCCCUUGUUGAUUUGGGAAAAAAGGAAAAUUUUCUAAAUCAGCUUGAUACCCUGAGUAUUCCACUGCAUUUCAUCUUCCCCCUCACCUUAAUGGCUGUGGCAUGCCAAAAGUUAGACUGAACUUUUCUACAUCUUCACCUUCUGCUAACAGGAAGGUCUUCUCUUCGAGUUUUUAAGCGUAAGGGGGUCACAGAGAGGAAGAACCAGGCUGCCUUCUGAUCAUAAUUGGGCAGUUGCCGGUUUCCAUUGCUUUGUCUUGUAGCUACUUCAGGGCCUUCCGGCGAUGUCCUGGCUACAUGAACACGGUUUCUUUCUCUCCCUGUCCACCUCCUUGCUGUCAAGGCAGGGACCCCUGCCAACCUCCAGGCUGUUGAAUAGCUCACUGCGGGGUGGCAAGCCCUUCUCUGUGGCACCCUGUUGCUCGAGCAUGCAGAUCACUCACCAGGUGCACACAGAUAGCCACACUCACUGUCCAAGUCCCAUUCUGCUCCCUUCUGCUGAAGAGCAUUCCAGUCGGUUCUACAGCCCUUGCCCCUGGUCUAAGGCCAGAGGAUGCAGCAGGAUGGAGCUGAGGUUGAGCAGAAUAGACCUUCAGGACAACCCUGUAUUUCUGCACUCGUGCCUCAGGGCCAGCCCAUCCUGGAAGGUUCAUGCAUCCUGCUCCUCCCCUGGGGACCAUGUCUCCCUCCUGGGAACAAAUGCUGCAUCAUUUAGUCAAGAGAUCAUAUUAAGUAACCUUGCCUGAGGCAUCUGAAGAGGGAGCUGGAAAUUCUUGGUGCCAGAAUACAUUGCAUCCAACCCUGCUCGGUGGCUGGCCACUUAGCAGGGCGCCCCCCAAACACACCACCUAGUGAGGGCACCCACUUCACCUCUGGCAAGAGAGCUAGGUAGAUCAGAAACCUGGUGACAUCUGGACAGCACGGUGCAGGUUCACUUGUCCUGGUCCCACCUCCCAGGUUCCUGCUGAGGUUACAGGUCAAAUGAAGGCCCUUGACUUUACCCCCAUACCCAGCCACUUGUUUUGUUAGUGCUCGUUCUGCAAUCGACUACUUAUGUGUGUGACUUCACUCCGCCUAUAUAUGUUUGAGUAUGUAGAAUUUGAGUCAGAUGACCACGUGCAUCAUUUCUGUCUCAUCCACAUGCACGCCGUGUCACCCGAGCUCCACAGCGAAUCCUGUGACCGAUCUGGAGAGACUGCCUCGUUCUUGUUGUGCAGUAGGUGCUGCGGCCCUGGCUUCUGUCACUCUCUGCAACAGGCAUCUCGAGAACCAGAUCACCAGUUGGUCCUCUGCUGUCCUUUCUGUCGGCCUUGCUGCAUGAGAAGAUAGUAGCUGCUUCCUCCCUCCUUUCAUACACUGUAAUUAUUGUUUUACAAUCGAGUGCCUUAAUAAUAGUUACAAAUACUGUGUAUUUAUGCGAAAGGUUAAAAGUCUCAUGGUUUGUGGUUGGACACUGUGUCUUGUUGGUAGUGGUUGGCAUUAGGACUUUAGCUUGUCCUAUCCCGUAUCUGUGUUUAUUCUGCUAUGCAGUUUUACAUUGUGUGUUCACAGCUGUUCCAAGGAGCCUUGCUAGAAACAGCACUGGGAAGUGUUGCAGCUCUUUUAGAAUCUGUCUAGCAGGUUUUCUGGUCCACACCAGAAGACUCCCACAUGCAAAAAAAAAAAAAGAAAGAAAGAAAGAGCGAACACUGGUAGUUCCUGCAGGCAAGGCAGGCGUUGGCGCUGUAUCCCAUAGGAGCCGAUGAAAAACGUGAUUUGGUUUAUUGGCCAGCUGGGGGGUGGCACAGGCCGGGUGACCUCUGAACCAGAGCCCCGCAUCUUACCCAUUGCCCCAGUUGCACCAUUGUACUCUUAUUUAAUAGAGAUUUUAUUGCCACCUAGGCCACCCUAUUUUUCCUCUCCGUUAACGUCUUGAGCUCUUUUGCAACAAAAUAUAGGUACAGACCAAACCUCUUUCCUGCCCCCAAAACCAGGAGCUCCGCGAGACGAGUUGUUCUUUGGUUUCUCAGAAGCUGCCAGUGGGUUCCCGUGUGUUGCAUUAUGAUAUCAAUGAUUUUUUUAUUAUAUUGUUUUUCUUCUUGUUUUUUUAUAUUAUCUAUUUAAAAGGCAGUAUCUUUUGUACUGUGAAUUUGCAGUAGAAGAUGCAUAAUGCACUUUUUUGUUUUUUACUUCUGUUGGUGUGUAUUGUAUAUAGUGUGUGUGCUUCUUGUGAUGGAAAUAAACUUUUUCUUUAUAAA